UAUUUAACUAAGUAUUUUGUUAACGUGCAAACUGUAUCUUAUCGACGCUAUUUGUAAAUGUGCUGUGUUCCGCUCCACACGUUUUGUACGACAGUUUUUGUGAUGUGAUCUCGUUUUUGAAAGGACUCUUUUAGUUAUUAAACUAUUUAUAAUGUCUGUGGCUACCAUAGAUUUUCACGAAUUGGAAAAGUUAAGCCCAAGUUUAGACAGAAAAUCAAAAUCAAGGGCAGCAGAGAUACAGGCGAAGGAUGAAGCAAAUAAAUGGAAGGUACUCCUGGAACCAGCACUGGCUGGUGCCAUGAUUGCCAUCAACCUUGGUCAGACCUCUUUGCAGAACUUCUAUUUGAGGACGGCGUGCACUGUAGACCUGAAUUAUGCUCAUGAGAUCUGUGACAGAGGAGUGGGGGAGGAGUUUCGUGAAGCGGAGGCAGCGAGCCAAAUGUUAGUAUCAAGCGUGAAUGUGAGCAGAAGUUUCGUGGGCUCCCUCAUAGCCACUGUAGUUCUCCUGUUCGUCGGUCCCUGGAGCGACUACAGCGGCCGUCGGAAGCCACUCCUCAUCCUGCCACUACUGGGCAUGAGUGUGAUGACUACUGCUGUACUCCUCAUGCUCGCAUUCCCUGGAGCCUCUACCGUGCAAGUGCUGUAUGCUGUGCAAAUACCCAUAUCUUUGGGAGGGAACUUUGGAUUGUUAUUAGCAGCUGCGUUUAGUUAUAUAGGAGAUGUGUGCCACUCGACCGGCCGCGACGUGACCCGCACGAUGGGGGGUCACCGUGCCGCCAUCCAAAUCGCGCACGUACUGGGCGCAGUCAGCGGGCCUUUGCUCUACCGAUAUCUCGGAUUCUACGGUGUGUUUCCCGUUGUUUUGUUACUACAGUUAUCAUCUCUGACCUAUAUCAUCGUGAUGGUGAAGGACAUUAACAUAAACACAGACAACAAGAUGUCAGUAUUCAACUGGCGGUUACCAGUGAAUGCAGUUACGUGUCUCAUAAAGAAGCGAGAUGGUUUUAAGCGGACAACUAUUCUGUUGAUGCUGGUCGUUGCUUUAGGGGAUCGGAUGUUUUUAUCAGCCGAGGUCCUCAUUGCGUACAUGUACUACAGGUACAAGUUCCACUGGGAUGAUGUUUUAUUCGGCGGAUUCUUGGCAUACAGAAACAUUGUCAGCUUUACUGGUACCCUGAUAAUCUUGAUGGUUUUGAAGCGCCGCCUACAGCUGUCAGAUGAAGUAGUGGGAGCCCUGAGCUGCGCGUCGUAUGUUCUCGCCUCCAGCGGACUCAUCGCAUCUACCACCACGUUAGCUGUUUUUAUGGUGCCUUUGGUGGGAAUCAUAUCACAAGGAUCUCAAGUGGUUCAGAGGCCCAUUCUAAACAAACAAAUAUUUCCUAACGAACAAGGAAAAAUAUACAGUGUACUUGGGGCCCUCGAAUCAGCCACGCAAAUCCUGUCAUCACCACUCUACUCCCUACUGUACAGUAAGACAGUAUCGACUAUGCCCGACGCGUGGCUACUCCCGGGAAUUGUCCUAGCAAUUAUACAACUUCUAGCUUACUUGGUAUCAAGAAGACUAAACACCUUAUCAAGUACAACAGUUAAGAAAAAUAUACCUCUAGUGGAAAGAGGUGAAAGCGAAAAGUUAAGAAAAGAUGAUGUUGAUAAGGAACCACCGAAAGAGCCACCCAAUGAAUUAGAUAAAUUAAAAACAUAAAAGUAGUUUUUAAUUAAAAUAAACCCUUUUUUAGUGUUGAUUUUUA